AUGGAAAGGGUGUUGUUCGGUUUAUUAUUGUUUGUGACCUACGUAUCCGCUUAUGUGGAAGUAGGGAAGUUCUACCAUGAUGAAGUUGGAAUACCCCUGGCUAAGCGUUUAUUAGAGGCAGAGAACAAUGUUCUUAAUAACACCCCCGAUGUAGACGUAAAUAGGAUUGUUGGUGGAGUAGUGGCACCUGCUCAAUCGCACCCCUACCUGGCCGGUCUGGUAAUUAGUUUCGCUAGCACUGCUUCGAAUGCAGUAUGCGGGUCUUCUCUUGUCUCAGCGACUCGUCUUGUAACUGCUGCUCAUUGCUGGUUCGAUGGAAAUAGGCAAGCUGUUCAAUUCGUCGUCGUCCUUGGAACCCAAUUCGUUUUCCAUGGAGGCACUCGUAUACCGACCAACCGAGUGUUCAUGCAUCCGAUGUGGAAUCCUUCACUCCUCAACAACGACAUUGCUAUGAUUUAUCUACCUUUCAGCGUGUCUUUCAGCGCAAGAAUUCAACCUAUCGCAUUGCCAAGUAUCUUUGAUUUGGGCAACAGCUUCGUCGGCUUACCAGUUGUAGCUGCAGGAUACGGCGUAACUAGCGACGCCCAGCUUGGAAUAUCUGUAAAUCAGGUUAUGAGCCAUGUGAACUUGCAAGUGAUCACAGUGCAGCAGUGCAUGGCCGUCUUCGGUAGCAACUUCGUGAGAGACACAAACAUCUGCACGAGCGGAGCUGGCGGCGUCGGUAUCUGCCGCGGAGACUCCGGCGGACCUCUUGUCUUGCACCGUUAUGGCAGACCCACAUUGGUUGGUGUCAGCUCGUUUGUGGCUCAAAACAGAUGCCAGGAUGGGUUCCCCUCAGCCUUCGCCAGGACCACCAGCUUCUACGGUUUCAUUAUUCAACACAUGUAA